GGAUGGGAAUGGAGAGAGAGAGAGGGGGGCAUGGGCAAUCUGCCAACGCUGACGGAAAGCUGCUUAGCGCAACCAGUUGCCAUGGAUACAGUCAGGGGCAGCACCUUGUGUGUGAGAAAAAAAGAGAGCGAGAGAGAGGGAGAGGGAGGGAAAACCAACAGGCAAGCGUCAGACAGAACCAGUGAGGAAGUGAGAGAACACCAAGCUGCAGGACAGAGAGUGAGUGAGAGAGACAGAGGGAGCGUGAGAGAGACAGAGAGAGACAGCCAGAGCAAAAGAGGGAUAGAGUGAUAGCUAGAAGAUGGAGGUUCAGUCAGAAUGCAUUGAGCCUCCUCCACCUCCACGCGAUCCCCAGCCGCCAGGGAAGAUCAACAAAGCAGCCUUCAAGCUGUUUGGAAAACGACGCUCCGGAAUGGCCGGAUUCUUCUCUUUCAGGAACAAAGGGGUCAACAGGAACGGGAAUUCUGUGAAUGUGAAUUCUGUGGGGGAUACUAAUGAGCUCGUCAGGAGUAAAACGCAUGAUGGACUAACGAGCUUGGAACCAGACGGACAGAGAGGGGAGGAGUCCGGAAUAUCAGAGGCGGGACAGGUGAGGCCUCUCAGCAAAUCACUGAGCUUCUUUUCGCUGCUCAGACGAGGAAGUGUGAGAGUCAAUGAGAAUACAGGGUUUGGGAGAAGGGGGAGGGGUUUAAAAGGCUUCUUCAGUAGUAUGAAAUGGCGGCGGAAGGAGAAUGUGAUGGCGGGAGAGGGGGAGGUAGCGGAGGUGAGAGAGGGGGAAGUGAUUCUAACAGAAGAAGUGAAAGACAUCACUCUGACCUUCGAACCCCAGCCCCGCCUGCCCCUGGAGGAUCAUGGUAGCUCGGAGGCUGAGAAAAACACAGAAUCGGCAGGAACCUCUCCCUCCAACAACGCCACGACACCACUUACGCAAUCAAUCGCCUUGACGACAAACCUGUCAGAAUCGCUCUAUACGCCAUCCCCCUCCCCUCUCCGCACCGUUCUCCACUCAAAACCCAUAACGUCAAUUGCCUCUGUAACGGCCAUCCCCCCUCUGGAUCAGUGUGACCCCCCCUCCGAACCCUCAGUAGACCGGCUCUGUUCAGUCCUCUUCACUGACGUCACUUCACUCAAGAGCUUCGAUUCACUGACGGGGUGCGGUGACAUCAUCGCAGACGCAGAGGAGGAGGGGGCAGGAAACGGGGGAGGAGGAGUAGGAAGUGCUACUAGCAGUAGCACUAGUAGUGGAGAAGGAGGAGGAGGAGGAGGAGUACGAAGCUCCAUUAAUACCCAUGUCACCCCUUCCACCCCUACCUCCACCUCCGCUACUGCCUCUACCCCUGGCCCCCUCCCUGCCAGAGCACGGUUGAUGCCCUCUCACUCUGCCCCGACUCAACAGCCCUCUGGCAGCGGCGUGGUGGCCUACAUGGGGGGUGGGGAGGAGAUGGCCAGCCCUGACGGGGUGGACGACGCAGACAUGCAGGGGCUCUGGCACAUGCUCCCCUCUGGGGGAGAAAACUCCCCCACUUUCCUCCGAUCCAACUCUCACCUGGCUCCCCUGAGGGGUACAGAGCGGAAAUUCACCCAGGUCAAGUCUCUGGGACUCAGCAAGAUCCCUGUAGUGGGGGGAGGAAGGGUGACUAAACUCCCCACUCACGCCGCUUGCCAAACCUCCUCGCCCAAUGAGAAGGAGACUAAGGAGGAAGUCCCACCCCAACAGGAUGUCCCGGCUCUUAGGGAUGAGGGCUACUGGGAUACGCCCUCUGCAACCCCCACGGCAACGCCUGACAACGGCUUCCUGCGGAACCAGAGGCUUGGCCUAAUGUGUGACAGCUGCUCUGGCGAUGCACUCUACGACCUCUACAACGAGGAAUUGGAAAGAUCUGAUGACGAGGAAGAGGAAGAAGAUCUGAUGAGUACUCCUUCCACCUCUGCAUGUGAGUACAAACUCAGCCCUCUGGCCCGGACUACUCCUCCUUUCUCCUCCUCCUCUUCCUCUUUCCACUCGAUGAAGGGAAGCACUAGCCUUCCCCGCGAGUCCAAAAUCCCUCUUAGUGUCAGACAGACCACACCCCCUCACUCUGUUAGCCAAUCAGCUCUUUCCUCUGUCCACGCAACUGCUCCUCCCUCUGACACACCCAGCCAUGCCCCUCCCCCAGUCCGGACCAGAAUCCCUGUCUCCAAGGUGCCAGUCCGUCGCCCUGGGAACAAGGCCGGCAACGCUACACCAGGGCCAGCCCCCAGGAAGUAGCUUUGGACCAGGCAGCCAUGAACUAUGGUGUCUUUGGACUAAACCUGUGUACACCAUCACUGGUCUA